AUGCACGAGCUAUCAGAAUGUACCGGAUAUCAACCGAUUCAAGCAGUAUAUAAUGAGACGUUGGGGCCCGAGAACGACAUCGUUUCAGCUCUUGGUACCAUUGCCAACAUGAACACUGCUCUCUUUAUUCUCGCUUUCGCUCCUCUCUGCAAUCCAAAUGUACAAAGUCGGGGGGUUGUCAGACCCAAUCUCAAGGCAAGAUCGUCCUCGACGCCAACUGGCGCUGGGUCCACAACACUGGCGGCUACACCAACUGCUAUACCGGUCAAGCUUGGGACUCGACGCUUUGCUCCGACCCUGUCAAGUGUGCUCAAGGCUGUGCGUGCCAGUGGUAACUCGUUGACCCUCAAGUUCGUCACCAAGACCGAUAACACCAACAUUGGCUCCCGCGUCUACCUGUUGGCCGACGACACCAAGUACCAGAUGUUCAAACUCAAGAAUCAAGAAUUCACCUUUGAUGUCGACGUUUCCAACCUCCCGUGUGGCCUCAACGGCGCACUCUACUUUUCUCAGAUGGACGCCGACGGUGGUAUGGCCAAGUACUCCAACAACAAGGCCGGCGCCAAAUACGGGACCGGGUACUGCGACGCUCAAUGCCCCAAGGAUAUCAAGUUCAUCAACGGCGAGGCUAAUGUUCUCGACUGGAAAGGUUCUAGCAAUGACGCGAACUCUGGUACUGGUCGCUAUGGUACCUGCUGCAAUGAGAUGGACGUCUGGGAGGCCAACUCCGUUUCUACCGCAUACACCCCGCACCCUUGCAAUGUCCAAGGACAGACUCGCUGCUCCGGUUCCCAGUGUACAAGCACCUGCGAUCAAGCCGGUUGCGACUUCAAUUCUUACCGCAUGGGGGUCAAGAACUUUUAUGGAAAGGGCCUCACUGUCGAUACCAGCAAGAAGAUGACUGUCGUCACCCAGUUCAUUACCGCGGACGGAACUGCCUCCGGCGCUCUCAAGGAGAUUCGCCGCAUCUAUGUCCAAAAUGGCAAGGUUAUCCAAAACUCCAAGACGAACAUCUCCGGCAUGUCCGCCUACGAUUCGAUCACCGAACCAUUCUGCUCCGCCCAGAAGACUGCUUUCAGCGACACCAACACUUUCUCCCAGAUGGGCGGGUACACGAACAUGGGCAAGGCCUUCGAUGCGGGCAUGGUCUUGGUUCUUAGUAUUUGGGAUGACCAUGCGGCCAACAUGCUUUGGCUCGACAGCAACUACCCCACCGACAGGCCCGCUUCGCAGCCUGGUGUGGCUCGUGGUUCUUGUGCUACGACUUCGGGUGUUCCUAAGGAUGUCGAAACCAACAGCCCGAACGCGUCCGUCACAUUCUCCAACAUUAAAUUCGGUGAUCUUGGAUCGACCUACUCUGCUUAG